AUGUCGAUACAGACCGACCAUGAGGGUGGGGCCAGAUCUAGGGCUACUAAAGCGGCCGCCGCGCAAACCAACCAAAGGAAACGUGCGGCGGGGAAGAAGGCUGAGGUUGGAACGAAGAAGUCCGGGAAGAAGGCGGAGGACAAGGGGAAGCAACCAACGGCACGCAAGCGUGUUUCGGCCGUGAAGAGCGAUGCGGGUGUUGCCACUGCUGCCCUCGAGCCCGGUCCUUCCGACGACGGCACCAUCGGCGGGAACGAAGACCCUGGGCGUGGCGGCGUGAGUGUUGCCGUCCGGCCGGGGGACAGAGAGGGCUUGGCGACUGGAGGAAAGCACGGCGAGGCUUCCGGCGACGACCAGGCCGCAACUGUGGUGUCCGUGGCAGAGGCAUCACAGCAGCAUAUGACGCUGCUCCCCCCGCCCGUGGUCGAAGUAUCUGCUGAAGUGAUAGAUAAGGAGAAGAAUGCCGCGCACGAUUGCACGGAGGAGCCGAAACACGACAUUGCCGACGUCGGUGGAUCUCCUCCCUCUGGGGGACGCGGGAGGCGUAGGCAGAGGAAGAGCGAUGGGGAGGAGGAGUAUGACACCCCCGUGGCCGAGGACAUCCCCAUACGCGCAAAGAGGAGGCAGACGACAGCCAGCGGUGACGACGCCGGUGGUGCUGAAGUUGGGACAACGCGAGGCACCACGGAGCCAAGUGGCUUGGCGACAGAUCAUGCUUUGCGGCAAAAGGGCCGACCCGGUCCGCGGAAACCAUCUAGCGGACGGGGGGGCAAGCAAGCCUCGAGGGGGAAGAGGCCGAAGCGCGGCAAAGAAGGCCCUGGUGAAGCGGAUGUUGAGGACGAGGGGGAUGGGGAGGAGGAGGCCGAGGAGGAUGCGGAGGAGGAGGACGAGGAUGCAGGGGAGGAAGAAAAGGACGAGGAUGAGCAGGAGGACGACGAUGAUGAGGAGGAGGAGGAGGAUGAGGAUGGCGACGAGGGGAAGGAGAAGGAGGACGAUGAGGAUGAGGAUGAGGACGAGGAGGAGGACGAUGAGGGGGAUGACGAGCCUGAGGAGGAAAAGAGUGAGGAGGAGGAGGAGGAGCAGGAGGAGGAGGAGGAGGAUGAGGAGGAGGAGGAGGAGGAGGAGGAGGAGGAGGAGGAGGAGGAGGAGGAGGAUGAUGGUGAGGAGGAGGAUGAGGAGGAGGACGACGUGGAGGAAGAGGAGGUGGAGGAAGGGGCGGAUGAGGAAGAGGAGGAGGAGGAGGAGCCGGCAGGGAAAGGACGGGGCGCGCGAGGCAGACGGGGGAGUGGCACAGGGAAGACCCUAACAACACCGUGUUCCACCCCGUGUUUCCCCGCCGCAGGGAAGGAGAAGGUUGACGAAUCGGCUAAACCGGGCAUUGGGCCACCGGUAAGCGUGCAACGGAUGCAGCUAACGAAAGGGGCCGGAAGAGCGAGUGUGGCACCGCUAUCCACAGGAGCACCAAGGUUCUUCACGCCAUACUCCGGCCCGAGCAAAGUCGCUGCGACUGCACCCGGCGCGGCUACAGGAGAGGAAUCCGAAUCCCCUCCACCAGCCCCCGUCACGCACUCCCCACUCGCCUCUCCCUCUUACCCAUUUCGGCCACUACACGCUUCUCCUGUCCGGGGCAGGGCGGUCUCCCCCCUCGCUGGUCCAUCGCGCGGGCAUCAACCAAGCACUUCUGCCAAUCCCUUCCCUGAGCCUCCCUUUCCCCGCCAGCGUGAUAGUGUGAGGGCACACGGGGCUGCUGCUGAAGACGUUGAUCCCCAAGGCCAGAGAGGGGUUUCUACACACCCUUUUCCGGAUGUCAUGGAUGCGCUGGGCGAAGGUGCAGAGCAUGGGCAGUUUGUUACACGAGACGAGUUCCAGCAGCUACGGUCUGAGAUGUACGCCAUGUUUGCUCAGCUCGGCCUGCGUCGUGGAGCAACUGCCAGCUAUGCCGGGGGGACUGCAGUGGUGCCUAUGGCUGGUACCCCGCCGCCGAUGAGUGCCGUGGACAGGGCACGUGUGCUUGUGCUUCGGGAGACCAACCCAUUCCCGAGCAAAGCCUACUUAGUGUGCUCUCAGCUCCUGUUUCUGAACCCCCCGGAGAAAAUUCAGUAUUACCCUGCACCGGAGGAAGUGUUCGAGGCCUUCGCUGUCCACUUGUCUGCCGAGGGGCUAGAGUCAAUGAAGCUGCUGUGGUUGCACAACGACAAGUCAACCAUGGGUGUUUUCAACCACCAGAUGUCAUCAACCAGGUCAACAAUCAACACCACCCUCAGGCCAGCAACGUACGCCGGCAUGGGUCUCUCCGAUUACGCCAAUGCGGUGGAUUGCCUGCCCACUGAGCUACACCCAAAGAAGUGGUUCAACGACGAGCAACUCCUGGCGGAGUACAGAGAUGAACAGUGGGCCCUCAACUGGCACUUUGACAAGGCCACCGGAACACCCUUCAGCAACCCCUUGUUUGCUUAUGCGUUCAAGCUCUCCUUCAAGAGGAGCGGGGUCGUGUUCACCAAGUUCAAGAGCCGCAUGGUGGCAUGGGGCCUGUUUUCGCUGGAGCAUAUACCAGUUACCCCCCCUCAUACACCAUCCACCCAACCCUACACCACAUUGCAGAUCGAGUGGCCCCUUCUGCAGGACAAGCGCCGCAAGCGAAUUCCGGCCCAGCCGGAACAAAACAGGCCGGACUACUUCGAAUGGUGUGACAAGGUCAAACAGAUGAUACACUUUGCCGUCGUGGAGCGACGCAUCCCACACGAUCCGGCUCGGGGUGCGUUCGUCUUCCCGAACAAGUUCCUCAUCGACGAUGGCGACCUUGGAGAUGUUGUUCUUGCCCACCGGGCGCUUGCAGGGCCCACCAUUGAGUAG